AUGACCCCAGAUCAGCUCACAUUCCACAAACAGGAGAUAGCUAAAUUAUCGGACAAUGGUUGGAUUGGACCGACCCAUUCGCCUAUUUGCCCUCCUACGAUCAUGGUAGACAAGCGUGAUGAUGGCUCCGGUGAGCGGAAGAUGCUUAUGGUUGUUAAUUUCCAGGCUCUAAAUGCCUUUACGAUAGUCCCUGAUUUUCCGCUACCUCCCAAUCAAACCAUUCUGGAGAUGAUGGGAGGCGCCAAGUAUUUUUCCACUUUGGAUCUUGAAGCAGGAUUCCAUCAAAUACGUAUGGCUAAGGAAGGCCGGUGGAAGACAGCUUUCCGGUCCGUUCUCGGGCUAUUCGAGUACCGAUUCCGAUCAAGCGGUGCGGCAGCUCAAACAAACAAACAGCGCUUAAUCGACUUCACUACAUUACAAGUCCCCGACACCACGAAACUCUUCGAGUUAUACACGGACGCCUCUGGUUAUGCGAUCGGAGCAGUUCUGGAACAAGACGGCAAGCCCAUCGGCUUCCUCAGCCAAGUCAUGAACCCCAUGCAACAGAGAUACUCGAUCUACGAUCAGGAACUCUUGGCGUUGGUCAUGGACUGGACAAGUGGUCGCACUUGCUCCGUGUUUCCAAAGUAA